GAUUGUAAGCUCGAGAUGGUAUGUCCCCUUUAAGUGUCGGGUGGAGGCAGUGAAACUACGAGAGAAGCUAAACUGAGCGUAAAUAAAAGCCAACAAACGCCCAGUCGGAGGAAGCGAGAGCGAAUAAUGUUAACGGUACACUAACAGGUGUUGGCGGCCUGGGAUGCGGUUGUCAAGAAUGCAGUGAAAGAUGUUCCGCAAGGUCAAGAAACGCCACAGCAGCAGCAGCUCUCAAAGCAGUGAGAUCAGCACCAAAAGUAAAUCUGUGGAUUCCAGUUUAGGGGGAUUGUCCAGGUCGAGCACAGUUGCCAGCCUGGACACGGACUCCACCAAGAGCUCAGGAAACAGUACAACUGAAACCUGCGCAGAAUUUCGUGUGAAGUAUGUGGGAGCCAUUGAGAAGUUGCAGUUUGACAUGAGCAAGACGCUCCACGAACCUCUCGACCUCAUCAACUACAUUGACAGCGCUCAGCAAGAUGGAAAGCUGCCAUUUGUGCCAGGAGACGAAGAAAUGAUACUGGGAGUGUCCAAACAUGGAGUCAAAGUGGCCUCUCUGGACCAGUGUGACGUGUUGCACCGUCACCCUCUCUACCUGAUUGUCCGCAUGCUCUGCUACGACGACGGUCUGGGUGCAGGGAAGAAUCUCCUCGCCCUGAAAACCACCGACCCAAAACAGGAGAGGUGCAGCAUUUGGGUGUACCAGUGCACCAGCUCUGAGCAGGCUCAGUCCAUCUGCAAGGUCCUGUCGGCUUCUUUUGACUGCGCUCUGAUGUCUGACAAGUCUUGACGCCUGAGAAAGAGAGCAGACGGAAACAAAAGCAGCUACCGCCUGGAAGAGUCCUGCACUGUGCUGAAUAGUUCAGUUUUUCAUGUGUUGCGUUCUAUUGCCUUUCAACCAUAUGUGAAGGAAAAAUAUGUAUAUUUAAUAGGGGUGUAACGGUACACAAAAAUUUCGGUUCGGUACCUACCUCGGUUUAGAGGUCACGGUUCGGUUCAUUUUCGGUACAGUAAGAAAACAACAAAAUAUAAAUUUUUUGGUUAUUUAUUUACCAAAUUUGUAAACAAUGGCUUUAUCCUUUUAACAUUGGGAACACUCUAAUAAUUCUGCCCACGUUAAUCCACAUUAUAUUGCCUCAAGUUGUUGCUUUGAUUAAAUAAAAUGAAAAAACCUUUCUUCUACAUAUAAACAGUGCAACAUUAAACAGCUUCAAGUCAUGCUUGAUUUAUUACAGCAUUUGGGAAGCCUGUGGUUGACUUUUAUUAUGUAAAUGUUAUAUUUUUAUCAACAUGUGAUAGCAGGGACCCUGCCAUUCAAAACUAGGCUGCUAUAUUACCAAUGAUUAAUGUAACUAUUGCUGAAAAAAUGGUACAAUAGCAAUAGGAGAGACUAUUCAUCCCUGAACACAAUGGAGUUCAAUGAAAUAACAGACAGGGCUUUGCUGCCCCUAACACACACACACACACACACACACACACACACACACACACACACACAGACAGACACAGCAAAAUGAGCUAACAUUACACUAAAAGCUAAUUAACCUUCACUUCAAGCCUAUACUGCGAGCUAGCAGAGCUGCAGUUUAAGUUUCUAGAAGGUCAACGGGCGUAUAGUGAUGUUUGUAAUAGUUGUGACUGGGAAGUGUUUUUUAAAAUUUGAGUACCCUGUCCGCUGCUCCCCCGCUAAACAAAUAUCUGCUGGACGCGGAAGCAUUGACUACAUCGCUCUGAAUACGCACUGCUGAUUGGCUUUGUAUGUAACCAAUCAGAUGGUUGUGUGGGCGGGACAAUGCUUGCUGCUGAGACAGAGGCAGAAAGCAGAGCAGCUUGUGAAGACUUUUGCCUACUAACUCGUUCGGUACGCCCGCGUGCUGAACCGAAACCCCUGUAUCGAAGCGGUUCAAUACAAAUACACGUUCCGUUACACCCCUAAUAUUUAAUAAUGGCAGCAUUAAGUACAAUAUAAUGGUACAUAAUCACUUGAUUUAAGUUUGCAGUCCAUUAUAUUGCUUUAUUGACACAAUGGGUACCAUUCUGCCAUUUGGCUUUAAUUUUAAAAUACUUGAAAUUAUUAAUGAUGGUUUUAAUGUUUAGAUUGUUUUCACCAAUAAUGUUAUAAAAGGUACUGUGGUGGAUUAACACUCAAGUAAAAUUAAUUUGAAUGAUUUUGGGAAAUCAUUGGCGGUACGUCAUCUUUUAUAUUUUUUAUUAUUAUUUUUCUAUUUUCUUUCUGUCACCUUCAACCAGUAUUUGUGCAGUGAGAACAUGUGUUGAACAUUAAAGAAGUGGAAAUUUUAGAA